AUUAUGCAUACUUGUUCCACAAUGGUGGCUAGCACUGUCUCCCUUCUCUAGCUAUUCUAUCUUUACAAGAUAUCAGUAUCUAGUUAUUUUUAUCUCUGUUACACAGAAAAAACUUGCAUUUUCUGGCAGUUUCCCAGUAUGGCGGCCAAAGCCUCAAAUCUGUUAGAGUCAGAGACAGGUAAGGAUUCAACUUAUGACAGAAUAGCUGAAGUAAAAGCCUUUGACGAAACAAAACUUGGUGUGAAAGGGCUCUUAGAAUCUGGGGUCACAAAGAUGCCACGCAUGUUCUAUUCUACCAAGGUGGAGGAUCACACUCAGACCUCACCAUGUGACUCAAAGUUGAGAGUUCCCAUCAUAGACCUCCAAGACAUAGACACAAACUCAUCCCUGCGUGUGGAAGCACUUGACAAGAUCCGAAGUGCAUGCAAGGAGUGGGGGUUCUUCCAGGUGGUGAAUCAUGGUAUUGGUGUUGAGGUUUUGGAUGAGAUGAUAUGUGGAAUCCGUAGGUUUCAUGAACAAGAUGGUGAGGUGAGGAAAAGAUUUUACUGCAGGGAUUUGAAUAAGAAAGUUAGGUAUUUCUCCAAUGGUACUCUUUUCAAAGACCCUGCUGCUAAUUGGAGGGACACGAUUUCCUUUUUUCUGACUCCUGACCCUCCAAUGCCAGAAGAAAUACCAGCAGUAUGCAGGGACAUUGUGAUUGAAUAUUCAGAGAAAGUAAGGGCACUGGGCUUUACAAUCUUUGAGCUAUUCUCAGAGGCUCUUGGCCUUCAUUCUUCUUACCUUAAUGAAUUGGAGUCUGCUGAUGGACAAUUUCUUUUGUGUCACUACUAUCCACCAUGCCCUGAACCUGAAUUAACUAUGGGUGCCUCAAAGCACACUGAUAAUAGUUUCUUGACAAUUCUUCUACAAGACCAAAUGGGUGGUCUUCAAGUUCUUCAUGAGAAUAAAUGGAUUGAUGUUCAUCCAGUGCAUGGAUCUCUUGUUGUAAACAUUGGGGAUUUUCUACAGCUUCUAACAAAUGACAAGUUUGUUAGUGUCUAUCAUCGAGUCUUAUCAAGGCAUACAGGCCCUAGAAUUUCUGUAGCAAGCUUCUUUGUUAACUCAACACCACAGGGUAGCUCAAAGGUUGUUGGUCCAAUAAAGGAACUGUUAUCAGAAGACAAUCCACCACUCUACAGGGAUACCACGGUAAAAGAUGUCAAAGCACAUUAUUUUGAAAAAGGCCUUGAUGGGAACUCUUCCUUGCACUCCUUUAGGUUGUGAAGUGACUGUUGAGAAUUUGAUUGGAGCACUCUCGAUUCUCUUGGAGUUGGCUUUAGUGUGCAUUUUAUUAUGGUUAACUUGUGCCAUUGACUAUGAAUUAUGAUAAUCAGUAUCUUACUAUCCUGUGAAUUUUAAAUUAACAGCAUCAAGUUUUAGAGACAGAACAAGGUUAAGGCAUCAUCCUUAAUCAUUUGUACUGCACACGAGCAAAGCUUCUAGUUUCUGUAUUAUGAUAUUUAUGAUACAAUAUAGACUUCUGAGUAUAUUAUUCUCAAUUA